AUGAGAGCUAACAACGUAUUACUCACCGAAGACUCGCCGUCUUACCUCGAACUACCUGUGUUCCAGCACUCAAGGGGGCCGCUGGUAGACAAGGAACAUUUCUCUCCAGUCCGUGGAACUGGACAUGAACAAUUACCGGAUAAAGUUAGGAAAAUACUGAUCCCGGUGUACCCAACACAGAAGCCCGCGGGUCCAAAAAGUCAAGCCCGCGAAGUGAUAACACUUUGUAAGAUCAACAAGAUGUUCGUGCAGGUAAAGAGAAAUAUUUUGGGCUCCGGGGGUUCACCGUCUCAACUGACACUCGGAACAUGCCAAACCAAUAAAUCUACAAAAGAUUCCCUCAUCUUCGAAUACGACCUCGGCCUCUGUGGGAGCAAGCGCUCGCUAGUAAAUAAUCGUGUGGCCUACUCCAACACUCUCCGAUAUGACCCUCCGAAGCUCCAAGGGCCUAUCAGACGAGCUGCACCAUUCACCUUGCGAGUUGUCUGUCACUUCAACAGAUAUCAUUACUCCUACAAAAUAGGCUACAUGCUGAACGUGGUACACAAGGUCUCUAAACCAAUGAAGAACAGAACUCGUUCCAUGCUCACUGCACGUAAUGCUCAAUGGGAGAGACUUGCCCCAUCCGAUGGGUACUCUAUGGGAAAGCCCAUGUACUUUCAGGCUGAAGUGCCUUCCCUGUCUAAAGAUGGACGUCUCUAUGUCCACUCAUGUAAUGUGACCAUUAAGCAGUCACACUCCUCUACGCCUCAGUUUACUGUCAUUGACCAUUUUGGGUGUAUGGUUGAGAGCAGAAACAACAGUGGCUCCAGAUUCAUCCCAUAUAAAAGGAAUGUUGUGAGGUUUACCAUGGAUGCUUUUCUGUUUCAGGGAAUGACAGCAGGGCAGCUCUACAUGCACUGUGCUAUGUCUGUGGGGAGGUCUGUCCCCUCUUCAACUGCGAAGGCCUGCACCUACGAUUCCGCAGCAGGGGGAUGGAAGGAGCUGUAUGGAGCUUCUUCAGUCUGCUCCUGUUGUGAGUCCACAUGUAGCUCUGCUGUCCCCUCUGCCACCACCAAGAUGGUCACCAGCAAGUCGUGGUCGGUGGAAUACAACACAAAGCCUGCUCUGACCCAGGAGGUGACGACAACCUCACAGCCCGAGACCAUGGUGGAGGGGCAGUUAGGUGUGAGGCAGGUGGAGAGACUUAAAGAGAGACCUGUGAAGGGAUUUGCUGUUGUGGAAGUGGAGCAGGUCUCUGAACCACACAGAACAUUCGAGGAGUUCUUUGGUGUGGACAAAUAG